AUGGGCUGCUUCAAUACUCACGCCGCAGGGACGAAUGAUCCUCCGGAAGUUCGCAACUGGCGCAUCCACCUCAUUGCACUUGUGGCAUCCAUGUCCGCUUUAGCAAUGGGCUACGAUAGUGCUGUCAUCGGAGGCACAAUGGCUCUUGACUCAUUCGUAAGAGAUUUUGGGCUCCUUGAGGCCGAACAGUCCAAAAGAGACGAAGUCCAGGGCAAUAUUGUCUCCACGUUCUAUGCUGGCUGCUUCUUCGGCUCUCUUUUGACAUUUCCAAUCGCCGAGAAGCUCGGACGAAAGCGCGCAACCCUCAUCGCCUCCUGCGUUUUCCUUCUAGGCGGAGCCGUUAUGACCGCCGCCAACGGUAACAUGAACAUGAUCAUCGGCGGCAGAGCAGUUGCUGGCCUUGGGAUUGGUGCCUGCGCUCUUGUUGUGCCCGUGUAUAUCGCCGAAACAGCCCCACCCUCUAUCCGCGGUCGCCUCAUCGGAAUAUUCGAGAUCGCAUCGCAAGGUGGCGGCAUGCUUGGGUUUUGGAUCAACUAUGCUGCCGAUCAAACUGUCACAGACGACUCAAAAGUCCAGUGGAUUGUCCCUCUUGCGUUUCAGUUGGUACCUGGAGUCCUCCUUUUCAUAGGAAUGCUCUUCUGCCCCGAGAGUCCCAGGUGGCUAGCUAAAGGCGACCACUUCGAGGCAGCUGAGCGAGUUCUUACAAAACUUCGAGGUUUACCCCGUGACCACUCUUACAUCAGAAACGAAAUGUCUGAAAUCCGGGCCCAAAUCGAAGAACGAAGCACGACUAAGAUGAGCAAGACGGCAAAGGUCAAGAAGCUGUUCCAGAAGGGUGUGCGAAACCGCAUGGGCAUCGGUUUGGCCCUGAUGUUCCUCCAGAGUUUCACGGGAGUCAACAUCCUGACCUAUUACUCACCUCGUAUUUUCGAAACCCUCGGUGUCACUGGAACUUCCACCAAGCUCUUCUCAACGGGCUUUUAUGGAGUCGCCAAGACUCUCGGCAUGAUCACGUUCACAGUCCUAAUCAUUGAGAAAGUCGGACGUCGGAAAGGAAUGAUCUGGGGCUCGACCCUGGGGUGUGUUCCGAUGUGGUACAUUGGCGGAUACGUCAUGAAGGCGAAUCCUAUCGCCGCGGCAGCAGCAGGUCAACCGGUUGCGAAAGACGGUUGGGCUUAUCUCGCCAUUACAUGUGUCUAUAUUCACGGCUUCAUAAUCACCGCAACGUGGCAGGGAAUCACUUGGACUGUCUGUUCUGAGAUAUUCCCUCUGGACAUCCGCAUGCUUUGUGUGUCGCUUACUACGGCAGAUACUUGGGUGGGCUCGUUCAUCAUUGCGAGAACGACGCCGUACAUGAUUUCGGACUUGGGAUACGGCGCCUACUUUUUCUUCAGCGCCAUUCUCGUGGGCAUGGGCAUCUGGGCCUUCAUUUUUGUCCCUGAAACUAAGGGUAUCUCUCUCGAAGACAUGGACGCCCUCUUCAUGAAACCUACCCAUAAGAUUGUCUGGGCCCAACUUCGGCGAAAGCCGUUGUCUUUGGAAGACUCGAAUGCCCAGUCAAAUGGCAAGGAGUUGGAGGUUGAGGAGAUUGAAAAGCGGAGUUCUGCGUAUUGA